GGAGCGGUGAAACUCACUCCACUCAGAGCGCUGGAAGAGAGUGAUCCAGAAGAGCCCGCGGAGGAGGAUAACUCUGUUCCUGACUUGUGCUCGGGACGGCUUCUCCAUGUCGGCGGCGGGUCGGAACAGCGCGCUCCUCCUUCUCUCCUGCGCGCUCGUGCAGCCCGUGUUUUCCGCGCACAGCCAGAUGUGCGACAUGAUGAAGGAAAUAGAAAAGGAGGAGGAGCUGUGUGAGGCUCGGAUUGAGAACAAAACGACAGGUUGCAGAGGAAUGUGGGACAAGAUCACCUGCUGGCCGAGUGCUGAUGUUGGACAGGUGGUCACCGUCCCCUGUCCAAAAUAUCUUUUCUACUUCUCCGGGGACAUUUCCACAAGUAACCUGUCAAAAACCUGCACUGAGGCUGGUUGGACCCCAUUCAGCAUAGACUCAUACGUAUUGGACUGUGGUUACAAUCCCAACAACACCAUGGAUGAUAAUAAGUCGGGAGAGUUCUUCGGCGCAAUCAAAGUGGGUUACACCAUUGGUCACAGCGUGUCCCUCAUUUCUCUGACCAUGGCCAUCAUCGUCCUGUGUCUCUUUCGGAAGCUGCACUGCACACGAAACUACAUCCACUUGCAUCUGUUUGUGUCUUUCGCACUGAAAGCUGUGGCGGUUUUCAUCAAGGACGGGGUUCUGUAUCACGUCGUGGAGACAGAAAGUUGCGAGUUACCUGUCAGCUGCAAGGCAGCGGUGGUCUUCUUCCAGUUUGGGGUGAUGGCGAGUUACUUCUGGCUGCUGGUGGAGGGCCUGUAUCUCCACACUCUGUUGGCCGUCUCCUUCUUCUCCGAGAGGAAGUACUUCUGGUGGUACAUCCUAAUGGGUUGGGGCGCUCCAACCCUCUUUAUCUCAGCGUGGGUGAUAACAAAGGCCUCUUCAAAUGAUUCCGGAUGCUGGGAGAUAAUCGAUGACCGGCCUUGGUGGAUCAUAAAAACACCGGUUUUGGGCACCAUACUCGUCAACUUUUUCCUCUUCAUCUGCAUAAUCCGGAUUUUGCGACAGAAGAUGAAUUGCCCGGACAUCGGGAGAAAGGAAUCCAAUCAGUAUUCGAGGCUGGCUAAAUCCACUCUGUUGUUGAUACCUCUCUUUGGCAUAAACUACAUUAUUUUUGCCUUCAUCCCCAACCACAUCCACCCACAAGUGAGGAUGGUGUUCGACCUCAUUUUGGGGUCUUUUCAGGGUUUUGUGGUUGCAGUUUUGUACUGCUUUCUGAACGGUGAGGUACAGGGGGAGAUUAAGCGUAAGUGGCGCAGAUGGAUGCUGCAGAGGUUCCUGGGCGCUGACACCAAGUACCAGCAGCCCUCCAUGGGCAGCAACGGCAACAACUUCAGCACCCAGAUCACCACGUUUACCAAAUGCAGCCCGACGACUCGCCGGGCGUCCGAGUGCCAGGAGCGGCUCUCUGCCACCUGAAGCCCGGCUCACUGCCCGCUCUGCUACCGUAAACACCGCGGCAUUCGCAGCUGAUAUUGAUUACUGGAGGUUAAUGUGACAUUUUGGUACUGACGCUAUUAUUUGUUCUUAAUCCAUAACCAAAAGAAAUGACAGCUGACAGCUUUUUAAGAACACGACACUUGUUUAGUAAAUGAGAUGAAUCAUUUUCUUUCAUAACUAUAUUCCAUACUGUAAACUAGUUUGCUUUCGAGGUAAAGCUUUGCUGUAUGACGACUUCAACAAAGUCAACGACAACAAAAACACUACAGAAUGUUGGGGACGAAAAGGGAAACGGAGCUCGCGGUCCGUGUUUUCCAUCCAAUGUUUAGCAACAGUCGGACACAGCCGGAGACGAGCAAGAUGUUUAUUAAAAGAGGGUGUAAUACAAGAGGACGCCAAGCACUUAACCUAAUGGCCCAUGUUGCCAAGGGACCAGUGGUAAUAACGUUAAUGGCAGGCUGACAGCAAUCACAGAGGAGGACUCCAGCGUGCUGGACGUCCCUGUCCUGUCCGGGACAGUUUUACACUCUGCUGAAAUGCUGCCAGACGACAUUCCACAGGAGGCCCUAAAGCUUGUGAGAUACGUCUCAGAUAGCAAAGGCUUUUAGUUUUGUCUGAGUGAUCGGUCGCUCGGCAGACGUUGGUUUGGAGCGAUUCUGAAGCUAAUGGAGCAGCUGUAUUCUGUUAUUAACAACACUGCUUAGCUUCCAUUACCUGGGUAGCAUGGACAAUGGAUUUCAUUGUUUGAUUGUAAGCUUUCCAUUCUGUUGUUUUCUAUAUGGGUUAAUAAAUAUUAUUAUUGUUAUUGUGCCGUACUGUUUGCCGCUAGCAGCCUGCCGGUUGAUUGGUCGGCCCACUACUUUGGUCCCGUUGGAAAUAUCUUAAUAUAGGAUGGAUUUCAAUGACUUUUUGUACAGACACUCAUUGUUCCCAGAGGAUGAUUUUUAAUUACUUUUAUGAUAUGAUAAUAACGUUUUCUCUAGCGCCACCAACUGUUCAAUGUUUCCAUCAUCUACACGACGGCGUCUGUUUCCAGUUGUUACGUUUUGUAACGUAAUACUGGUGAUUGUUCUCAUGAGCCUCUUCCACACUUUGACUGUAGUACUUGACACAUAUCAGCAUGCUCACGUGCUAAACUAAGAAUGUGAACAUAAUGAACGUGUGGCCGCUCCACAGCAUGUUAGCUAACAUGCUACGGUGCUAGCAUAACGUCACACAGACGCUAGCUUGGCUGCUAAAUGAAGUAGUCUCUAACUAUUCAUCUGUCCAACGACAUCAAGCAUAGCAGCUGUUGUUCGCUCUCUGUCCAGUAAUAUUUUCAGAUGUUUAUUUGUGUCCACCUCCUGAUUUAGACAUGAAUACACAGUUAGUGACGGUGUCACCUCGGACGUAGGGAGUUUUCCUUCUGUACCAGUUUAGGUAAAACUGCAAGUGAACGUACCUCAGAGUAGUCGACACAGUCGCUGUGUACAUAUUGUGUAAAUGUGACUAAAGUCUUGAUUCAUGGGGAGUUUUGCGUUGAAGACUUGAAGUGCUCAGGUGUCAACGGGAAAUCGAUGUUUACAUUUAAACGUUCCUCACUCGUGUUAUUUGCGUCACGCCACUUACGUGUCUCCUAUUUGUCACCAUGUGCAUGUUGUGUAAAUACUGUGUACUGUACAUUAUCGGCUGUAAAUAUGAAGAUGAUUAAAAGCAUUUGCACUGUGGGCCUCCGUGUCCCUCCAGCUAAACGUAAGACACAUCGCUUUUACAGCGAUACAAUCAAUGAUUUUCUUUAUUCCUGCUUCUAAUAAAGCAAAAGGCUGUUAUGAAAAGAAUUUUAUGAAAUAAUGACAAACAAAACAGAUGUACACUGUACAAACAAUGUAAAUCAACAUUUGGACUGUUUUUAAACUCUUUGGUGUGAUAUUAUAAUGAAUGUUGUUAAAGCCUCA